AUGGAGAAAUAAAGGAAAUAAAGCUUACCUGUUCAAGAAACCAGUGGAUUAAAGCAACAUUCUGUGGAAGAUGUAAGCUGUUUUGGAGACGCAAUGGAGCGGACUUUGUUAACAGUGGAGGGUGAAAAGCCCCAGAAGCGGGUGAGGUUCAGGGUGGCUUCAGGGAGCAGUGGCCGGGUUCUGAAGGAGAUGUUUAAAGAUGACGGGCCGUCUGACUCUCUGGACUCGGACUGCACCAGUAGCUCAGAAGUGGAGCGAGCAAGCACACCAUCCACCAGUGGAGAGCCCAAUGGUCACAUUGCAGUGUACUUGGGCUCUGAGUUGGACGACAGUGAGACCGAACCAGAUGAUUUGCUCCUGUAUGCUGGAGCCAAGGACAAGGACAGAGUGUUCAGCACCAAACGGGUCAACAUCCUGAGCAAGAAUGGGACAGUGCGGGGAGUCAAGCACAAAGUCAGUGCUGGUCAAAUAGUAUUCGACAACCUGACCAAAGUCACUGAGCCUGAGCUGACUCUAGAGUUUGGCCGGAUCGUGAUCUACACCACCAGUUUCCGUGUGGUCAGGACGACGUUUGAACGCUGCGAGUUGGUGCGCAAGAUUUUCCAGAACCACAGGGUGAAGUUCAUGGAGAAGAACAUUGCUCUGGACAGCGAGUAUGGCAAGGAGCUGGAGGCACGCUGCAGACGGGUAGGAGAGCCCCCACCCCUCCCUGUAGUCUUCAUCGAUGGACACUACCUGGGGGGUGCAGAGAAAAUAUUGAGUAUGAAUGAAUCAGGGGAACUGCAAGAUCUCCUGACCAAAAUUGAGAGGGUACAGCACCCCCACACAUGCCAGACGUGUGGCGGCUUUGCCUUCAUGCCCUGCUCUAUGUGCCAUGGCAGCAAGAUGUCUGUGUUCAGGAACUGCUUCACGGACUCAUUCAAAGCCCUCAAGUGCACAGCAUGCAACGAGAACGGCCUUCAACCGUGUCCCAGCUGCUCCCAUGAAGUGCCUGCACACCUCUCUCAGUAUCCACCCACCUUCUUCUCGCCAUGUAAAGAACUGUACCAGAAAAAAACAUAAAAAGACAACUGACACCCACCCAAGCUGGUGGGAUUGCUAAUAAAUGAUGUUUUUAAGAAA